AUGUUCGGGAGUCCGGCCAAUUUUCUUGUGAAUUCCAUCUCUAAGAGAUUCAAACAUGAAUACGCUCCAAGGUAUAAGGCUAUCAGAAAAACAAUGAAGGGUAGGGUUAGUGUAAGAAUCGGAGGUUCUAUCAAAGGUAACUCUUUGGAAUUUGGUAAACUCGGCUUGAGAUUGAAGUCCAAGGGUAUUCGUAUGGCUGCUAACCAGCUUUUGGCCGCUGACAAGGUGUUAAAGAGAGAACUUAGACCUACCAAGUCCGACUUGAUCACCAGAUUCACAUGUAAUACUGCCGUAUGUGUCAAGGGUAAUCAGACCAGAAUGGGUAAAGGUAAAGGUCCAUUCGAUCACUGGGCCUGCCGUGUGCCUACAGGUAAGGUUUUGUUUGAAAUUAGAGGAGAUAUCCACGACAAAGUGGCCAGAGACGCCUUGAGAAAAGCUGCAGACAAAUUACCUGGUCUCUUUGAAAUCAUCACUCCUGAAUCCAAGGUCAGAGUCAGUAUGACUCACUUGAUCGAAAAGCCUGAAAAGAUCAACUACGUAGAAAGGUUGAAUGCUCAGCCAACCAAGAAAUGGGCCAAUAUCCAAAUCGGAAAAACCGACCCAAUGUAUAAAUUGUACAGUGGUCGUUAGACCUUGUACCUUCUUGUAAAUAUAAGCACGAUACAAUAUAGGUAAUACU